AUGCCCGUCACGGAGCUCGCCAUCCUCAAGCUGAGGGGCGGCCACGACCAGCUCGAGUUCCUCGAGGCCCUGAUGGAGGUGCAGGAGCUGCAGGACGAAUGGAUACACGAGAACAAGCCGUGCCACCUCGAGCCCAACACCAACCUCAGCAGCAUGUACAUCGAGGAGGCCGACCCGCCCUCGCUGCUCAUCACCGCCCCCUGGGACUCGCCCGAGGCGCACGGCGAGUGGAUCCAGAGCCGCGAGAACCAGGACUGCAACGGCAAGCUGUCGCAGUACAUCCGCCCGGGCUGCGACUCGGUCCUCAUGUUCCACAUGGACGCGGCCGGCGGCGCCCGCAAGCAGAUGCGCCGCCCCUUUGAGAACCAGCGCAGCUUCAACGUCUGCCGCCUCAGCGUCGACCCGGCCAAGCGCGACGCCCUGCAAAAGGCCUACCGCCACCUCGAGGAGCAGUCGCGCGUCGAGCCCGGCGCCGAGCCCAAGGUUUGGGGCGGCUGGCGGAUCGAGAAGUCGGGCGAGAAUGAGGACCUGGUCGUCUUUUGGAGCGACGAGGUGCCCCACGACCGCCUCAAGCCCCUCAUGAGCUUCACCGACGACAUCAUCUGUCGCCGCUUCACGCACGUGGUGUAG